CUGUCAGAUUUAGUAUAUACUGGUGCAUGCACGCAUGGAGAUACAGUGUAUUUAAUGGACAGGGCAUCAUGUAUGUAAAUAUUUUGUAAAAACUACAUCCAACACGAUCGAAACACGAAGCCAACAUGUCGAACGGAAAUGCAGAAAGACCAUUGUACGAGCCAAAAGUUCUACAGGAUAUAGAUUUUGAUGGAAGUCACUGUUCAACAUACAACCCAGAGAUUUCCCACACAAAUCCAGGAGAGGGUCUGCUCAUGCGGCCGCUGUGUAGAGGGGACUAUGAUAGAGGAUACAUACAACUAUUGAGCCAACUCACAACUGUAGGGGAUAUCGGUCAGGAGGAAUUUGAUGCACGGUAUAGCAGCAUGGAAGCCUGUCUCGACAGUUACUACAUCACAGUGGUAGAGGACACAUGUACCGGCCAGGUGAUAGCUUCAGGAACACUUGUCAAGGAACAGAAGUUUAUACACAAAUGUUCAGCUAGGGGAAGAAUAGAAGACAUAGUUGUAGACAAUAAAUACAGAGGAAGACAACUUGGAAAAUUAAUACUAGACGUGUUGACAAUAAUGAGUAAAAAGGUUGGUUGCUACAAAGUAUCUCUCGAGUGCAAGGACAAACUUGUUCCCUUCUACUCACAGUUUGGAUAUAAGAAAGAAGACGAACAGAACUACAUGUGUCGACGCUACAGCGAUUAGUUCCCAAUUUACAAAUUGUCCUCCUGGUGUCUUUCAGUAGUUAGCUAGCAACUUAAUCAUGUAGUCAGGCUGUGAUAUGUCUGAUAUAUACUGGUGUUUCAGUUUAAUUAAGAUCUGAACCACUUAACUUUUACUCUAUUGUAAUGUUACCCUGUGGUCUGAAACUCAGUUGUGAUGUGAACAGUAUCACAACUAUUCUAGUUUUGACUGAACCACAAUGAUGUGGUUCUUGUAUGAACUCAAGAACAAAAUCCCUGUGAAUCAGAUCACUUGAGAUAUUGUUCUUGUGUGAUCUGAACCACAUCAAUAUUGUUCUUGUGUGAUCUGAACCACAGAGAUAUUGUUCUUGUGUGAUCUGAACCACAUCAAUAUUGUUCUUGCGUGAUCUGAACCACAGUGAUAUUGUACUUGUGUGAUCUGAACCACAGUAAUAUUGUUCUUGUGUGAUCUGAACCACAGUAAUAUUGUUCUUGUGUGAUCUGAACCACAGAGAUAUUGUUCUUGUGUGAUCUGAACCACAGUAAUAUUGUUCUUGUGUGAUCUGAACCACAGUAAUAUUGUUCUUGUGUGAUCUGAACCACAGUAAUAUUGUUCUUGUGUGAUCUGAACCACAGUGAUAUUGUUCUUGUGUGAUCUGAACCACAGUAAUAUUGAUCUUGUAUGAUCUGAACCACAGUAAUAUUGUUCUUGUGUGAUCUGAACCACAGUAAUAUUGUUCUUGUGUGAUCUGAACCACACAGGGAUAGUGUUUUGUGUGAUCUGAACCACAGUAAUAUUGUUCUUGUGUGAUCUGAACCACAGCGAUAUUGUUCUUGUGUGAUCUGAACCACAGUAAUAUUGUUCUUGUAUGAUCUGAACCACAGGGAUAUUGUUCUUGUGUGAUCUGAACCACAGUAAUAUUGUUCUUGUGUGAUCUGAACCACAGUAAUAUUGUUCUUGUAUGAUCUGAACCACAUCAAUAUUGAUCUUGUAUGAUCUGAACCACAGUAAUAUUGUUCUUGCAUGAUCUGAACCACAGUAAUAUUGUUCUUGCGUGAUCAGAACCACAGGGAUAUCGUUCUUGUAUUAUUCCUAGAUUUCUAGUACGAUAAUCUGCUUUACUUUUUCUGUUUAGCAACCAUUCACACCUGUAGUGGCAAAAAAUCCAGGGUUUGAUAAUAUGAUGUAAACUGAAGCUACCAAAAAAAGUAAAAGAUUAGUUGCUUAGUUUUUUAACGGAGUACCCAGAGAAAACCCGUGUGGUUGGGCAGCUGACCCCAUACUUUUUUGUGCCUACCAGCUAGUUUCCAUUAAAUCUAUGGUAUGGCUGUCUGCUAGUGUAAAACAGAAGUAACUCUACCACUUGGUACAUUAGUGCUAUAUUCAUCUUUAAUCCUGUACUUUUUCUGUGACUUAAUUUUAUGUAACUAGAAAUGAAUUACAUUGUAUGUAACAACAUCCUUAUGGCAAUAUAUUACGCUUAAUCUCAUGUUUUUUUCCAUGAGUAAAUUGUUGUCAUUGUUAUUGAAGUAUUGUUACAGUUUUUUAUUUAACGAAUGAAUGAAAUAACAUCCUAUGUUCUUGUUUAGUGAGUUUUUGUUCUUGUUAUUGGUUUUCUUUACAUGAAAAUACAACACAUACAAAUGUGUUACGUGUAACCUUUACAAAAUUAUAUAAAAACAAUAUUGUAGAUACCAGGAUUACGAUGUACCUACUAUCAUGCUAUUCUGCAGUGCAAUGUUCUGUAAAAUUUUGCUCUCAAUUAAUUUUUUUAUUUAUUUAUAAGUUACCGGUAGAUGCAAUAGAUGUUUACAGAAGACUUUUAUUCAGUCUGAAGCUGUAAUGUAAAUUAAAACCCUAUGCAAGAAUUGGCAACUACUAGGUAUACUUAAAAGUUGUUUAUGAUCAUGUGUGGAUUACGUAGCAUUACUACCUGUUAGAGAGGACUUUAUGGUGUUGGAGCCAGUCAGUUUAGAGUGACGGUGUCACUCUGUAAACCUUUCCUAUCUCCUGUGAGGACAUUUAUCAGAUCUUGUGGGUUUCUUCUCAGAUAUACAUUGUAUUACCGACUUGCAGAAUCUCAAUACUUGACGAUAAAUUUACACGUUUGUAUUUUUAUUUUGUGAUAUCAUCAUAUCAGUUGUUGUAUGUCUUCUGUUUCAACAUGUCAAAUCCAUAUUUUUGCUCCCUUGGUAGUUAAAUGCUGUGCAUUUAAAUUUGAAUUACAUAUUUUUAUACUGUCGUUAUGAUUCAAUUUUCUCCUGGUUUAAACUACUUGGGACAUGAAAGGUUUUUAUAUUUAAUACUGUGUAACAGGUUGAAUUGAAAAGUGAUUUUAUUUAAAAAAUUGUAUUUAUCCAAUAAUACUUUCUGUGGGAGAUGAAAGUACUGUGUGUUACUGGCUGCUUGACAUAAAGCCAAAUGAUGAGCAAGCUAUUUUGUAUUUUGAUGAAUUUAUUAUUUUGCAACAUUAUUUGGGAUACAUGUAUACAUAUUUUAUGCUAAUUGCUAAAUAGAACAUUUAUAUUUCUUUUCUCAACUGGUAAUUAUUACUAUAAACUCUUGAUGAUUAAAAGCUAAUGCUAAUUACAAACUUAUGAAUCAUUAAUUACAGACAUAUUGUUAAUUAAAAUGGAAUAAACCUUUAAAUAUUAUUAAUUAAAUGAUUUGGGAUAUAUGUUUUUGAUGCGAAUUGCUAAAUAAUACAUUUAUUUUUUGAUAUAUUAACACAGUCUUUAAUAAUUAAAGCUAAAGAUGUAAUUACAAAAUUAAUUAUUAAUUACAAACAUAUUGUUGAUAACAUUUUAAGAAACUUUAUUUUUAAUUAUUACAAAAUGUAUAUUAUUUCAUUAUUAAUGAAAAAAAUUAACCAACAAACUUUUAAGUAUUAUUGAUUAAAAAAUUAUGUACAAUGUGUUCAAAUUAAAAAAAAAUUUUAAAAAACUUCAUUGUAGCUGAUAUUAUUUAUCAUAAUAAGUAUUUAUUGCUAAUCAUAGAUAUACUUUUAUUUCUUGAGUGUUUGUAAAUAAUAAAACAGGAUCUCACUCAUAUUACAAAAUGUGCAAUUUGUUUUGCAUAAUUCUUCAUAUUUAUUUAUCUUGAUGAAUCUCCACAACCAAAGAUAUUGAUGAGUAUAGAAACGCAUUCAAACAUCUGUCCAUCAUUAACUUUUUCUGUAAAGAACUCUCUCUGAAUAACAAACAACCCAAGGCCAUGAUAUUUUGCCUGUUGGGAUGAAGGACUAUCAACUUUGUUCAAAUUAAUGACCUUGACCAAUUUUUGAGGUCACAGGGGUCAAGUGUGUCAAAAUCUUUAACUCCAAUAUAGUUACGUGUAAGAUGAGCUAAAUUUAUAUAUAGUCACUAGUAAGAUACAGUCGAUUUAUAUUCGGUCACUGGUAAGAUACAGCCCAUUUAUAUUCAGUCACUUGUAAGAUACAGCCAAUUUGUAUUCAGUCAUUAUUAAGAUACAGUUGAUGUUUACUAAGUCGCUAGUAAGAUAUGGUCUAUAGAUAUUUAUUCACUUGUAAGGUGCAAUCAAUUUAUAUUCAGUCUUGAAUACCGAAAACAAAAUUUAAUAUUUUACAGUCAGUAUUACUAUUCAGACAGACAGUCAUUUGUUUUCUUUAGAAUUUCAAUCUUUCUGUACUUGGAAACUUUGAUGUGAAUUCUGCUUUAGACUGUGAAACCAAUAGCUAUUUUAGUCCCAGUACUGACGGAACCUCAUAUAUACAUGUAUAAUGUGUACCAGUCACAAAUAGAGUUUGGUGUGAUUCAUGAAAUAUAUAUUAAUAAUUGUUAUUAACAUGAUUGUUCUAGUAAAUCUUUAGUAUUAAUAUUCAUGUGAGUUUUUGGUGUUUAUUAUUGUACUUUAAAUAAAUUGUAUUAUGCAAAUUUGUAAUGAUAAUGUGUAAAAGCAUGCUUAGAUUCAGAGAGUGCCAAAAACCAAAUGUCAAAUUAAGGCAUCAAAGAAUUUAAACAAAAUUAAUCUUUCACAAAGUACAACUGAUUUACAGUACAAAAAGAUGUAUAUAAAGUUGGGAAAUAAUCUUUUGUUCUGAUGCUUUUCUGGUGAUAUCAGGUAAACAAAAAGAUCUGAGGUAGAGAAGUAUUUGUAAGAUGUGCUAUUGUUAUGGAGGUAUAAUUACUGUCAGAAAUGCAUUACUUUAAUACCAUCUUUGACCUAAUCAUCACACCUGCUCCUAUAAGCCCACCCCACCUUUUUCCAGGAAAAAGACGAUGGAUGUGCUAACUAAAACAUAAAAAAGUUCCUUACCACACUAAUCUUUCAACAUAUUCUUCUCUUCGCCAAAGAUUGGGUUGUUUUUACUACAUAAAAGUAUAUAAAUGAAAAAAAAAAAAAAUUCACCCAGAUUUCACAUGGAAACUUUUCCAUAUACAAGUGUACAUGAUUUUUAUUUAGUGCACAGUGUGCUCAUUAGGUCAAAUAUGGUAAUUAGUUAUGAUAAUCAGAGCUUAUAAUUUAUUAAAGUAAACUUUCUCCAAA